CUCAUAUCAGCGUCGAAGAAAUAGAUCCACGCUGUGGCAAUGAUCUCCUCAUCUGACAGAUAAUCACUUUUCACCUUCAAGGAGUAGCACCCGCCCCAUAUCCCCAGACAAUGGGUCUCCCUCAAAACUACGCCCUCCCCACCAUGGACGACGACACAAAAGUCAACAUUCCCUUCCCAGCGGCAACGAAACAAGCUGCAGCCGAAAUCAAUGGCGUCAAAACCGAUGUCAUGUCGGUGUCGUUUGCAGAUAAAAUCAUGAUCACCAUUACUCAAGGCGGACGCAUAGCACAAUGGGUCACCAUACCUCUUCUGAGUGAUAAUCCAACCCAAAGUGAUCCAUAUUUCCAGACAUUAAGCCCCGAAGAAGACGGUUUACUUCCUGCCGCGCGUUUCCAACCUCGAACCCUUCUUGGUGCGGGUGGGCCAGAUCGAGAGGCUUUGGGUCAGCUCUAUGCUUCGCAGAUAGCGCAUGCCAUCACUACCAAGUCGCCUCAGGAAGAUCGCUCGCUUAUGCUAGGGCUUGGUCUCGCCAAAGUGGACUUUGACCGUGAAUUUUUCCUGAAAGUGGUUGAUCUUGUCUUGUCCAUAAUCUAGGAUCACGGGUUUGAUCUUGAUUUGGGCAAGGGAUCUGUGGCGUCGAGUUGAAAUGGUGAUCUUGCGUGCCAGAUUCGACGGCCUGGGUCUGGGUAUUGGCCAUUAGGUGUCUUUGAAUUGGACCGAUGCCGCCCCUUGAUCUCUUCCACCGAUGCGUUAAUCUCAUAGUCUCCUGCCACCAAUGCGAUAAUGCCAAGUUCGGCUUCACCAACACCAUUGGGCUCGAUGGACGGGUGCAGGGCGCUUUGGAGAACGCCUGACCAAGCGAAUCGCUUCGAUAGGUCCAAGGCUAUAUUGUGGGGUUGAUUUCGGAGAGCUGGUUGAAGUCGCAGGAGGAGUCGCAGUGUCUCUGUGGUACGAUUGUGGACCUUGACCUUCAAAGUCGCAAAUUUCUCGGCGGGGAGGAUGAAAUGGGACUUGCCCACUUGUUUCAUAACUUGGUCGCGUUCUGUCGAAGACUCUUCUGACGGCGAUUCAACUGGAGUCAAAGUGUAGUCGAUCUCGACGUGAUCCAACCUCAAAACAUCGACCAUUCGCGGGCUCAAUCGGAUACCCUUUCUCAAGUCGAUUUCGCCCUUUCUUCCUGAGGUCGGUUCCGUCCAUGUUCCUGUCAGACAUUUGAGCAAUUCUUCCCGAUACCAAAAACACUCUCGGGUGGCAGCCUCUGCUUCCGGGCUGAGUUUGGAAGUAGAUACAACGAACUGUUUCUGUUUGUCAAGGUUGGGGAUUGGCGUAUAUGGGUCAGAAAUGAAUAGCCGGUGCACCAGAAGAAU